CACACUACUCACUCUCUCUUUAAGUCUCUUUGCCUCUUGCCCAUGUCAUUAUCAUUUCCUCCUUACUUGAGCUUGCUCAAAGAGCAAUAUUAGUGAUAGCUGACAGCAGGCGAGCGGACGCAAGAGGUGAGGGAGGAUAUAAAUCUGUUGGUGCAGACGGAGGAUUUUCUUUUCACACAGGAAGAUUCACAGGUGUGAAAACCGCCCUGUGCUGCUGGAUGGUUGACUGAGCUGUGGCAGGAACAUCUGGUGCUUGUAUAAAUCUAAGUACCCCUUCCUCGCUACAUCAAGCCCUUUGACCUUCAGCCCUAACAAGCCAGGUGUAAUGCAACCUGGUGGGAUGGCAGAGGGCAGUGUGGGUACAGUCCCCCAGGUGUUUGUGGUGGACAGCCAGGCAAACUACGUCUCCAUACCCAGUGGGAAGAAAGUGACGUGGGUGAGAGUGGGCCAGAAGUUUCUUCUCCUGCUGUUGGGACUCACCAUGUUGGGACUUGUUGUCGAGGGAUGUUUCAUCUACAAUCUAUAUAAAAAAACAGAGGCUUUUUCCCUCUAUAUGUCUCAUCCUUUCUUCCAGAACCUGUCCAAUCCCAAAGCAUCUGGCCUGCAGGGUGGCACCAUAAUGAGUCAAGUGGGAACCAAAGAGUCCAAUGAGAUUCCCACAGUGCGACCACAUCUGGAACAGGUCCAACAGAGGCCCUUUGCUCAACUGAUAGGUUCCUGGCAUCCUGCAGGGGAGGAUACCAAUGUGGUGCAGUGGGUAGAUAAAGGUGGCGAAAGUAUCACCUUCAACAUGGGCUAUAACAAUGGUCGGUUGUUGGUUGAGAAGGACGGUAACUACUACCUCUACUCUAAAGUGACAUUAAACGCUGCAGAGGAGUGUGUGCUUAUGCAGCACAAAGUCAUGAAAGUCACCAAGGCAUAUGAUCAGCCUAUAGAGCUUAUGAAAUCCAAAAGUUUCCGCUGCCGGACCCCGAAACCUUCAACUGCAAAGUCGUCAGGCGGGGAGGAUCUGUGGAACAGUUUCCUGGCUGGGAUCUUCCAUCUGCAGAAAGGAGACGAAAUUUAUAUCACCUUGGACGAUAUACAUAAGAUGCGUCCAGGAAAUACUGAGAACUUGAUGGGGGCCUUUAUGAUAUCUCCUUAGAUGCAUAUAGAAAUUCCUCUGUCCUACACUGUGAUCAGAUUCUAUGUCUCUGAGUGUUAAUUUACACCAUAUAUUGUGGUGAAAUGUAUAUAUCUAAAAUAUGAAAUAUAUAUAAUCUAAAUUAUGCUGUGCUUGAUUAAUGUAUUUGAAUCACUUAUGAAAAAGCAACAAAUAGUUGUGAUAUCAAAAGUAUCUGAUAUUCAGAGUAUGUAAUCCUAUUUUUUUGUUUGUUACAAUUUGUUACAUAAUGUUGUUGUGUGAAUAAAAUACUGUUUCUUAUCAAACAAAAA